UCCUGCCGCCGAGGGCAGCAGCUUCGCCAGGAUCUGGGCUGCGGGGGGCCGGUCCUCCUUGCCUCGCCUGGCCACCUCGGGAGGCUGGCCUGUCCACUCCUCUCUGUCUGGCUUCCCCGCGCAGCUCUCCACAGUGUUUGGGAUUCAGCUCCCCCCCGCCUCCUGAAGAGCAGCCAUGGCCACCUACAAAGUCAAGGUGGCCACUGGUGACGACUUCUUGUCAGGGACAAUGGACUCCAUCUCACUGACCAUUGUGGGGACCGAAGGGGAGAGCCACAAGCAGCGGCUGAACCACUUUGGGAGAGACUUUGCAACCGGGGCGGUGGAUGAGUACACCGUGCAGUGCCAGCAGGACCUGGGGGAGCUCAUCAUCAUCCGCCUGCACAAGGAGCGGUACUCCUUCUUUCCUAAGAACCCCUGGUACUGCAACUACGUGCAGAUCUGUGCACCCAACGGCCGCAUCUACCACUUCCCCGCCUACCAGUGGAUGGAUGGCUACGAGACCCUGGCUCUGCGGGAGGCGACAGGAAAGACAACAGCCGACGACUGCCUCCCAAUCCUCCUGGAGCACCGCAGGGAGGAGAUCCGAGCCAAACAGGACUUCUACCGCUGGAGGGUCUUCGUGCCCGGCCUGCCCAACUACGUGCACAUCCCCAGUUACCGCCCUCCUGCCCGGAGAAACCCCAACCGGCCUGAGUGGAACGGCCAUAUCCCCGGCUUCCCGAUCCUCAUCAACUUCAAGGCCACCAGGUUCCUGGACUUAAAUCUGCGCUACUCCUUCAUCAAGACUGCCUCCUUCUUUUUCCGCCUGGGGCCCAUGGCGCUGAGGUUCAAACUCCGAGGCUUCGUGGACUGCAAACGGUCGUGGAAGAGACUGAAGGACAUUAAGAAAGUUUUCCCUGCCUACAAGACGACCGUCUCCGAAUACGUGGCCGAGCACUGGGCAGAGGACAGCUUCUUUGGGUACCAGUACCUCAACGGCAUCAACCCCAGCGUGAUCCGCCGCUGCACGCGGAUUCCAGACAAGUUCCCCGUCACAGACGACAUGGUGGCCCCGUUCCUGGGCGAAGGAACGUGCCUGCAAGCGGAGCUGGAGAAGGGGAACAUCUACCUGGCCGACUACAGGAUCCUGGAGGGCAUCCCCACGGUGGAGCUCAACGGCCAGAAGCAGCACCAGUGCGCCCCCCUCUGCCUGCUGCACUUGAACGCGGAAGGGAACUUGAUGCCCAUCGCCAUCCAGCUCAGCCAGACCCCUGGGCCCAACUGCCCCAUCUUCCUGCCCAACGACUCUGAGUGGGACUGGCUGCUGGCCAAGACGUGGGUGCGCAACGCUGAGUUCUACUACCACGAGGCCAUCGCCCACCUGCUGGGGUCCCACCUCAUCGGCGAGGCCUUCUGCCUGGCCGUGCUGAGGCAGCUGCCCAUGUGCCACCCCCUCUACAAGCUCCUGGUCCCCCACACCCGAUACACCAUCCAGAUCAACAGCAUUGGACGGGCCAUCCUCCUCAAUGAGGGGGGGCUCACUGCCAGGGCCACGUCCCUGGGCCUGAAGGGCAUUGCUGAGUUGAUGGCCCGGUAUCUGUCAGAGAUGACCUAUGAGAGCUGCUACCCCCCCAAUGACUUUGUGGAGCGCGGGGUGCAGGACCUGCCGGGAUAUUAUUACCGUGAUGACUGCCUGGCAGUGUGGGAUGCCCUGGAGAGGUAUGUGACAGAGAUCAUCACCUACUAUUACCCGUGUGACGCAGCUGUGGAGGGUGACCCGGAAUUGCAGUGCUGGGUGCAGGAGAUAUUCAAGGAGUGCCUACUAGGGCGUGAGAGCUCAGGUAUGGGCCCGGGCACCCGGCAGGGGUCCAGGGUGGUGGGGUGGGCCCUCCUGGCUGGCAUGGAGACCUUCCGCCAGCGCCUGGCCCAGAUCUCGCACAACAUCCGCCAGCGCAACAAGUGCCUGCCCAUCCCCUACUACUACCUGGACCCGGUGCUGAUCGAGAACAGCAUCUCCAUCUAGGACCGCCCGCCCCUCGCCCUCCCCGCCCCGCGCCCGGCUAUUUAAGAAAAUACAGACAACAUAAAACAAAAAAAACCCAAAAACCAAAAGACACUUCCCGCGC